GCACACAUGCAUAUAAUUUUCGAAAAUAUUACAGAAAGCUCAAGGAUUACCAAAGGUCAUCUGUAGAUAUACCGAGGAUCUACAGCCACAAGACCAAGCAUCCCUGCUCGUUUCAAAUUGAAUUUGUAUUUUGGGGUCACCGAGAAACAUUUGUAAAAUAUAUUUCAUCAGCUUUUAGAAUUAAGAAAACAUGUCCUUCUCCUGAAUGACCUAUUUAUUUUUAUCCCAAAGGCACUUUGGAUUUUGAAUACACAAUACUUCCGUACCCUUCUUUACCGUGACUUCUGGGAAGACUAAAGUAAAAUUUGCAAUCUAUCUCAACAAAUUCAACGGGCUUUCACUGCAGGCAUUUUGUAUAGUAAUUUAUGCGUAUUUCAUUUAAUCCACCCCUCAUUUUCCCAUUCCUCUGAUUUCUUACUCUAGCUUUUUUUUUUUUUUUUUUUUGUGAGAUGGAGUCUUGUUCUGUCACCCAGGCUGGAGUGCAGUGGCGUGAUUUCCGCUCACUGCAGCCUCCACCUCCUAAGGGUUCAAGAGAUUGUCCUGUCUCACCCUACCGAGUAGCUGGGAUUACAGGCACGCGCCACCAUGCCCGGCUAAUGUUUUGUAUUUUUGGAAGAGACGGGUUUCGACAUGUUGGUCUCCAACUCCUGACCUCAGGUGAUCCGCCCGCCUCGGCCUCCCAAAGUGCUGGGAUUACAGGAGUGAGCCACCACGCCCAGCCUCAUCUAGUUUUCAUGUUUUAUGGUAUCUCUGUAAGUUGCCCCACAUCCUUGCGGAAAGGGACUGCUGUAAAUAAAUAACAUGAAGAAAAUUAUCCCUUAAAUUCAGUGUGUAGAUCUGUUAUGGCAAAUUUAUGACUGCAGGGUUUGAUUUUAAUUUGUUGUUGUUUCCCCCUCUUUUUUUUUUUUUUUUUUUUGGAGGAGUCUCACUCUGUAGCCCAGGCUGCAGUGCAAUGGCGCCAUCUCAGCUCACUGCAACCUCCGCCUCCAGGGUUCUAGCGAUUCUCCUGCCUCAGCCUCCCGAGUAGACUGGAUUACAGGCGCCUGCCACCAAGCCCGGCUAAUUUUUUGUUUUUUUCAGUACAGACGGGAUUUCACCAUGUUGGCCAGGCUGGUCUCGAAUUCCUGACCUCAAGUGAUCCAACCGCCUCGGCCUCCCAAAGUGCUGGCGUGAGCCACCGCGCCCAGCCUGAUUUGAAUUUUAAUUCAUUAGCGACGUUUAAAAAUCCCAGGAUUUCACAUAAAAAUCCAGAUUUCAGGCGUCGAAAAAAAUGUAAAAUGUUAUCUCCCAAUGACGCAGGCAAAUAGGAUCACAGUCCUGAAUAGCAACCGCGGUCUCCAGUGGUUACGGUUCUCACAUCCAUUUUGCUCCAUUUUAUUACCUGAGAGGACCGGUAUUUUCAAAACCUGGUGUAUCAGUAACUUUUAGGGGAAACUUUUGAAAAAAGGACUGCACACACGCACCCUUUCUUCCUUCUCGUUCUUUGAAAGGGAACAACAGAAACGAUUCAUUCUGCAGGCAUUCUGCGCUAGUCCCACGGACAGGCGACUAACGAGAUAAAAAGGUGUGGGUCCCAUAGGCGGUACGGUGUUACCCCUUCUGGUUGGCGGGUACCACGUUGCCGGUCGGGAUACGGACCCACUGCGACUAGCACUAGGAGUGCUGAACCGAGCUAUGCAAAGUUCUGACGAGAAGGUGGAACGGUACUUAAUGAAGAGGAUUAAGGAAUCUAAAUCGGUUUCGCUAAAUUAGACACAUCUGUGUAAGCAGCCAUGGUCUGUUCGCAGCAGGGGCGGGAAGACAAACCAACGCCCCAGCUCUCCGUUCAAUCACCCCCAAGUCAGCUCUGGACUAGACGCACCCUACGAAGAUACCCGGGUUUUCGGAGCAACCGCCCGGGCCGUCCCCCUUUGGCCCCGCCUCCGAGACUCUUUCCCGCCAAAGGCCGUUAUCGCCGCAGAGCAUGGUGGGACAACGCUUUAGGCUAGGUUUCACCAAGUGCUUUGAAGGCGCCGAGUUGCUUUCAAAAAUCCUCAUUCCUGGAGAAAUCGACCAUCCUUCAAGACCCGACCUGGAUGACUAGCUCCUUUAACGAAAGUUCGUUAUUUAACUUUUACCAAACGGCUGGUCACUCUGUUCGCAAACCACCCCAAGCUGGGAACGCGGGGGACUUUUUUUCCCCCUUCGUGCGGAGGGUGACGUCGCGCGUGCGUGCGCGUGCGUUGAGCGUAGCCCUCGCAGCACCCGUUGCGCUCCCGCGCGUGCGUGUUGGGAUCGAAUCGCUGUUUCCUUCCGCUUCUCUUCCUCUGUCUCCCCCCAUAUCCGUGCGCCGAGCUGAUAAAGGCGCCAUUUUGGAGGGGCCGCGGGAGACGUGGUGCCGCUGCGGGCUCGCUCUGCCGUGCGCUAGGCUUGGUGGGAAGGCCUGUUCUCGAGUCCGCGCUUUUCGUCACCGCCAUGUCGGGAGGUGGUGUGAUUCGUGGCCCCGCAGGGAACAACGAUUGCCGCAUCUACGUGGGUAACUUACCUCCAGACAUCCGAACCAAGGACAUUGAGGACGUGUUCUACAAAUACGGCGCUAUCCGCGACAUCGACCUCAAGAAUCGCCGCGGGGGACCGCCCUUCGCCUUCGUUGAGUUCGAGGACCCGCGAGACGCGGAGGACGCGGUGUAUGGUCGCGACGGCUAUGAUUACGAUGGGUACCGUCUGCGGGUGGAGUUUCCUCGAAGCGGCCGUGGAACAGGCCGAGGCGGCGGCGGGGGUGGAGGUGGCGGAGCUCCCCGAGGUCGCUAUGGCCCCCCAUCCAGGCGGUCUGAAAACAGAGUGGUUGUCUCUGGACUGCCUCCAAGUGGAAGUUGGCAGGAUUUAAAGGAUCACAUGCGUGAAGCAGGUGAUGUAUGUUAUGCUGAUGUUUACCGAGAUGGCACUGGUGUCGUGGAGUUUGUACGGAAAGAAGAUAUGACCUAUGCAGUUCGAAAACUGGAUAACACUAAGUUUAGAUCUCAUGAGGGAGAAACUGCCUACAUCCGGGUUAAAGUUGAUGGGCCCAGAAGUCCAAGUUAUGGAAGAUCUCGAUCUCGAAGCCGUAGUCGUAGCAGAAGCCGUAGCAGAAGCAACAGCAGGAGUCGCAGUUACUCCCCAAGGAGAAGCAGAGGAUCACCACGCUAUUCUCCCCGUCAUAGCAGAUCUCGCUCUCACAUAUCUGAAGAGAUGGAUUAAGAAUGCUUUGGAUUAAGGAUUGUGGAGCACAUUUCAAUCAUUUUAGGAUUGUCAAAAGGAGGAUUGAGGAGGAUCAGAUCAAUAAUGGAGGCAAUGGUAUGACUCCAAGUGCUAUUGUCACAGAUGAAAUUGGCAGUAUUGACCUUAUACUAAAAGGCAGGGGUUAAAAAUGAUUAUAUACAUUUUCCUUAAAACACUUGCAAACAUUUUAUUCAGUUAUCUUUAGCUACAAUUGCUUUGCUUUUUAAACCUUGGCAAUUGUGGCAAAAUUAUAUUGCCCAUUUUGUAGCAACUUAUUUUGCUCCCUUCCCCCAUUUUUGUUUUAAUAGGGACUAAUGUGGGAAGAACUGGCUAAUUUGUCACAGUGCUUAGUUACAACUGUUAAUGUGUGACCUGCUGUUGGUGUACAUGUGGGUACAGGGUGUUUUUAAAUCCAACAAGAUAGAGUAUAAUAUCAAUACUGCUAAAUCUGCAUGUCCUCUGUGUGACUGAUAGAGCGUUGCUAUUUCAUUUUUUUAAGACAAAAUGAAAGCAAAAUAUAGAGUUCCAAUGUAUUGGUGUAGAUAAUCUAGUUGGGAAUACUUUUAAGUCUCACCUUCCCCUUUAAACUAAUAUUCAUAAUUGGUUCAUAUGUUUAAAAGACUUUAAUUUACAAAUUAAAUUGCAAAUGGGAGCAUUAGAUUUAGUUUUAGACUUAGGUGGGUAGCAAUGCCAGUAAACUUAAAUUACGUAACUUCUUGCAACCACGAAACCUGUAAUACGCUGUACAGUAACAAGUGUUGGCAUUAUCAGUUGAACUGUAAAUACAAAAUGCUUCUUCCAAUUAGUCUCUAUGAUGAUUAAGUUUCUAAAAUUUAUCUGAACACCAUUCAGAAACUUGUUUUGGGGAAUUUGAUAGUUAUUGAUGUGCAUCUGUUAAACUGAUGACAGACAUAACUCAUCAUUCCCCAGAAACCUUUUUUGAUUACAGUAUCUAACAUUUUGCCUCCUCUUUUUUGGUUUUGCUGGUUAUAAAGGUUUGGAUUGGAGAGGGCUCACUGGAUCCCAAUCCUUGGAGCUGGAUCAUUGGAUUCAAAUCAUAAUGUGGAUAGGAUAGGGAGGAUGAAUUACCAGGAUUCAUGGAGCGGGAUCAGAUUACCAGGAACAUAGGAGUGGAUUCCUGCCCCAACCAAACCGCAUUCGUGUGGAUUUUUUUAUUCAACUUAAUUGGCUAUUCCAAAGAUUUUUUUUUUCCUAUUUUUGACGAUUGGAGCCCUUAAGAUGCACGAUGGAAUUGUGUUUUGCGUUUUUUGGUAAAAGGAGCAAAGCGAGGACCUGGAGAUAAACGCUGGAGCAAUCUCCUUGGAAGGAUUCAGCACGAGUAGAUGGUAAACAUUUAAAGGGGAAAGGGGGGGUUUGUUUAAAAUAGUAAAUCAGUAAGUCACUUCUAAAUUUAAAAACAAAAUUGGAGUUGAAGAAUAAGUAGGUUUCCAAUUGGCUAUUGCCGUUUUCUUUGAAAAAAUAAACAUUUUUUAAAAAACUA